AUGGUCAAGCUAGACGUGGUCCGCAGUGCCAACUCGGCUUUGGUCCAGAGCCAACCCCUGGUCGCCGUCUUUUUCGGAGGCACCGGUGGCAUUGGCAGUUACACCCUGCGCGCCCUGGCCACUGCCGAGGCACAGAAUGGAGGCAAAGGUGUGCGUGCCUACGUCGUGGGCAGAAAAGCCGAAAGCGCCGAAAGAAUCCUGUCCGAAUGUCGCGAUAUCUGCCCUGAGGGCCAGUUCAAGUUCGUCCAGGCCGGGGAUCUGUCUCUGAUCCAGGUGGUUGACCAAGUCUGUGCCGAGAUUCUGGAGUUGGAAGAGAAGGAAGGCCAGGAUGCACGCAUUGACUAUCUGAUGCUGUCGCAGGGAGGGUCGAUUUUCCUUCCCCGAAAAGAAACGAAAGAAGGAAUCGACGUUACAAUGUCGCUAAUGUACUACUCGCGCAUGAGAAUCAUCAUGCGUCUGCUGCCCCUGCUGCUCAAAUCCAACCUCCCACCGCGAGUGGUCUCGGUCUACGCUGCCGGAAUGGAAGCCAAGCUCUUCCCCGAGGAUCUCUCGCUGCGCGACCUCAAACACUUCAGCUACAGCCAAGCCCGGUCACACAUGGUAUACAUGCACACUUUGUUUAUGGAAGCUCUGGCCGAGCAAAACGCCAGCAAAGUCGGUCUAGUGCACAUUUUCCCGGGUCUCGUGCUAGGUCCGGCUUUUAGUAGCCCUGAGCUACCGGCCUGGUUCAGAUUUAUGUGGCGGUUCGUGUUCGUGCCCCUGUUUGGACGCUUCGUCACUGUCCCGACAGAGGAAAGCGGCGCGAGGAUGCUGAGUCUCGCCUCGCCGCGCUAUGCACCGCAAGCAGCUACUGAUGGCGACAUCAAAAAGAGCGAGGAGUUGGCCACGGGCACAAACGGGACACCAGGAAGCGGCGUGUAUGCGCUUGACUCGCAGUGCGAAUCGUCGAUCAAAACCAAGGCGUAUGAAAAAUUCAACAAGGACGAAAUGCGCAAGAAGGUCUAUGACCAUACAAUAAGCGCGUUUGAGGUUGCGGCGCAAGGAGGGGUGUUUACCGAGUAG